CGUGUAAUGCGCAUGCGUCGUACAGUGUGCGUCCAUUAGCUUCGUCGCUGCAGGGUUUCAAACAGGAUGAACGCGCCACCGGCAUUCGAGUCGUUUUUGCUAUUUGAGGGAGAAAAGAAGAUCACAAUAGUUAAAGACACGAAGGUGCCAAAUGCAUGUCUGUUUACACUGAAUAAAGAGGAUCACACACUGGGGAACAUCAUCCGGUCGCAACUGCUGAAGGACCCUCAGGUGCUGUUUGCUGGAUAUAAGGUUCCUCAUCCUCUGGAGCACAAGAUAGUGAUCCGUGUUCAGUCGACACCAGACUACAGUCCCCAGGAAGCCUUCACUAAUGCCAUCACUGAUCUGAUCAGUGAACUGUCCCUUCUGGAGGAGCGAUUCAGGGUUGCCAUCAAAGACAAACAAGAGGGAAUAGAAUGAAGACCAUCACACUCCAUUGGAACACAACAACUGAUUCACAAUGGACUGAAUUGUAAAUCUUGAGAACUCCGUUUCUAUAAUGGGCUACAAUAUUCCCUUUUUUUCAUGAAAUAUUAAGAGGUCAGUUGACAAGCUCUCAUAAUGAAUAAUAAGAGAUCUUCACCAGCUUCUAACAACAUUGAGGUUAAGAUCUGUGGGGUUCCUUCUCCAAUAUUGAUUUUCUAACAAAGCAUGUUGGUGUAAUGAAAUGAUCAAAUCUGAACAUUCUUUGAAAAUAUUUCAUCACACCAAAUGUGUGUACAAGGAAAUCAUUUCCUCUUCAUUGUCCCACUCAUUUGUGAUGUAGUUUAUUUUUUGUUAUUAAUAAAUGGACUUUUG